AUGAUCCUGCAGAUCAAUGGCUCCAAGUCUUCACUGAUGGGUCGGAAAGCCAAGGAAACGUUGGUGCAGGUGUCUAUUCUGAACUCUUCUCAUCAAUGGCUCCAAGUCUUCACUGAUGGAUCAUACAUAGAAAACCAAGCAACGGUUGGUGCAGGUGUCUAUUCUGAAUUCAUCACUUUCUACGCAGCAGUGGGACACAAUAGAUCCGCUUUUGAGGGCAAUAAGGAUAGCACUAUGCCAAUCAUGUUGCCUGAAUACGAAAUUCAUCAAAGCGGAGAGAAUUUCAGACCUCAAGGUGCAACGAACAUAAAGCUCGAACAAAAGAGAAACAGUGGACAGUGGCACUCAGAAGCUCGAACAAAGGAGAAACAGUGGACAGUGGCACUCUCAACAUACCCGACUGGCCAAGAAUCGAAGCCGUUGCUGAGUCUUACCUCGAAGAAAGGAGAAACAGUGGACAGUGGCACUCUUCGAGGCCGACUGGCCAAGAAUCGAAGCUGUUGCUGA